CCAAUAUGUUACAUAGCCAGUUGUGCCUGAGACUGUUUCAUAUUAUAGAGCAUCUGUGGGUGUGCUUCUUUGGAUGGGCUUUCUCUUCGUAUAUUAACAUAUACAACAAAAACAGAACUGGAAAUCGCCAUUGAAUUAACCACAUCGAGGUUUCACAAUGGAUAAUGUUGCAGUUUCUAAACGAAACAACACCAACAAGAAGGGAAACAAGGAAAAUGCUCAGCCUGUGUAUGGAUCCAAGUCCUUCAUCAGAAAAACGUCUGUUACUCCCUUCCAACUGACAAGCAACAAAAGAGAUGACACCUUGGUGAAAGAUGGUCCUCUUAAAUCCAAGGUGGACACAAAGUCUACGUCUGGUGAGGCCCUGCAAAAAGUAAAGCCUGUGCAGAAAACUGUUAAAGCUGCUGAUGUCAAACCACGACAAACACACAGCCGGGCAUUCCUCACCGAACAGGCUGUAAGACACAAGAAAAUAGUUGCAGAAGCUCCAAAGCCCCCAGCUACUGUUCGAUCAUCCAAAUCGGCUCCCGGCAUGUACAAAGGCAAGGUCGUCCAGUCUAAAAUUGGAUCCAUUUGGAAGUCAACUACCAGCAUUAGCGAGCUGGAUCUUAAACCACAAGCACCCAAAACAGAAGGCCAGAAGGUCGGAAAUGUCUCGAAACCCAGAUCCAAAUCUGUUGCUGACCUGCCUGGGUAUAGCAAGCAGAAACCUGUGAAGACAUGUCCCAAGUUGGCGUUGGGGAGACCUGCUCAGGUCUCCAAGCCUACCGUCUCCAGCCGCCCCCCCACAGGAUUCCGCUCUGCUCGUCCUCCUGCCAGUACCGCCCCAACAACACUAACCAGCACCAGAAACAAUAAAGUGGCUCCCACAAAGGGGACCAGCACUCAGAACUCAAAGAUUUCAGCCACAGACAAGAAGGUCAACAAACCUCCUGUCUCAAGUACCCUCAGUCAGUACAGAGUUAACAUGGAGACUGCAGAGGAAAGAAGAGCAAAACUUGCGGAGUGGAUGGCCUCCAAGGGGAAGAGUUUCAAGAGACCAGCCGGGGCGAUGGCCGAACCCUCUAAAACCAAAGUGCCUGCAAAACCUGCAGCUGAUAUCAAACCAAAGUCUCAGCCAGCUGCACAGAGAAACCCUGACCCUGAACCCAGACUGGAACACAAGCCGGACUCUGUUGCCACCGCUCACUGUGCAGACACACAGGGAGCAUCGUCAACACAAGGCCAAACUCCACUCAUCAUGAACACCACUCUGGACUUGCUGGAGAACUCUGAUGCAGGUCUGCUGCCCGGUGACUCACUGGGCAGUGUGGAUGAUAUUGUUGUGAACCUGUGUAGUGCUUUGGAGGCCAUGGUGACUCCCUCUAAAUGUGAUGGGCCCGCGCUGGUGACAGAUGUGUGCUCUGAUGCUGAAAUGGAGGACAGCAAACCAGAGGAGCUGAAGAAGGGAACGCCUGAGGAUGUUAGCAAGCAGCCAAAGGUUGAGCAAGUGAAGGAUCAAGUGGUGACGGAAGAAGAAGAAGAAAGUGAUGAUGAUGUAGAAUGUGUGACAGAGAAAACACCACAGAGGGAGUGUGCUUCAAUGAUAAAGUACAGUGUGAAGACCACCCCAUACCUGCAAAGUGUCAAGAAGACAAUCCAAAAGGAUGCCAGCACAAGUAGGUUGAAGAAACAGAGUAACAUCAAAGAUCUGAAGUUCCUGACACCAGUGCGACGCUCCUGCCGCAUCGAGCGCAAAUCGUCCCGGCUGCCGGCGAUGCUGAUGGACCCUGAUCCCUGCGUGUCCUCCCUGGCUGAGCUGGUGGGGCUGGACGACGAUUCCAACGCCUACAUCUACAGGAAGAACCCCGCUCUGCUGGAAGACCUGCCGGACCAGCCCAGUCAGUGAGGAGCCCUGUGUGGGACUGAGGCUAACAGACACUUUAUACUGAUAUUUGUAUCACUAAAAAACAGUUUUAUGCAGUUUAAUUUUAUUGAGUUAAACAUUGUCCUCGUUGUUGUAUUCUGAAUGUAUUGUAUUUUCAUUGUCUUUGCUAUCCUAUAACACUUUGUUCAUAUUUUAAAUAAAUGUGACCUGUAUUGCCAAACCCUAAUGCAAUAAAAGAAUGCCGUAUCGUAAAA